AUGUCUUCUUUUCAAUUCUUCACUCUCUUCACAAUUUUCUCCACCCUUUUCUUUUCCAUUGAUGGAGUUCUAAUUAGGCAAUUCUUCAAGGCAGAUCAAAAGAAAGCAGAAACGAGCCACCUCCAUUUCUUCUUCCAUGACAUUCUUAGUGGCAAAACUCCAACUGCUGUCAGAAUUAUUGGUUCGCCAAACAAUUCCAGCUUCGGUACCACCUUGAUGAUUGAUGAUGCACUCACUGAAAAGCAAGAUCCCACGUCGAAGAUCAUCGGACGAGCACAAGGGUUUUACUCAGUGGCGGCACAACAGGAAACUGCAUUUCUUAUGGUCAUGAAUUUUGUGUUUGUGGAGGGUAACUACAAGGGGAGCAGCCUUAGCAUUCUUGGGAGGAAUCCAGUCCUAAACGAUGUGAGGGAGAUGCCGAUUGUUGGAGGUACCGGAUUAUUCCGGUUUGCUCGUGGCUAUGUUUUAGCUCAUACGGUUUGGUUUGAUGCUAAUACAAGAGACGCUAUUGUCGAGUACAAUGUUUAUGUGUCACAGACUUCAUGA